AUGACGGUGAUGGCUGGGGACAAUAUGGACGAGACUUCUGCUUUGCCAGGUCACCCCCAGGACAGCUAUCGACCUGGGGCACACGAUGACCACGAAUGUUGUGAGAGGGUUGUGAUCAACAUUGCUGGCCUGAGAUUUGAGACGCAGCUGAAGACUCUCGCUCAGUUUCCCAACACUUUGCUGGGUAACCCCAAGAAACGCAUGCGAUACUUUGACCCCCUGAGGAAUGAAUAUUUCUUUGAUCGGAACCGGCCCAGCUUUGAUGCGAUCCUCUAUUACUACCAGUCUGGAGGGCGGCUCCGCAGGCCUGUUAACGUGCCUCUAGACAUGUUCUCGGAGGAGAUUAAGUUUUAUGAACUGGGAGAGGAGGCCAUGGAGAAGUUCCGGGAAGACGAAGGUUUCAUCAAAGAGGAAGAGAGGCCCCUGCCUGAGAAGGAGUACCAGCGGCAAGUGUGGCUGCUCUUUGAAUAUCCCGAGAGCUCUGGGCCAGCUCGGAUCAUUGCAAUAGUCUCCGUAAUGGUGAUCCUCAUCUCUAUAGUGAUCUUUUGCCUGGAAACGUUGCCAGCGUUGAAAGAGGACAGGGAGUAUAUGGGACCCCGAAACCGCAGCGACAACUCUACAGUGUAUUACAAGUCCAAUAUCUUUACCGAUCCCUUCUUCGUGGUGGAGACUCUGUGCAUCAUAUGGUUUUCUUUUGAAUUGGCGGUGCGCUUUUUUGCCUGUCCCAGCAAAGCAGAGUUCUUCAAGAACAUCAUGAACUUCAUUGACAUAGUAGCCAUCAUCCCAUACUUCAUCACUCUGGGUACAGAGAUGGCUGAGCAGGAGGGGCCUCAAAAGGGGGAGCAGGCCACUUCUCUGGCUAUCCUGAGAGUCAUCAGACUGGUAAGAGUCUUUAGAAUCUUCAAACUCUCCAGACAUUCUAAGGGCCUCCAGAUUUUGGGACAAACCCUCAAAGCGAGCAUGAGGGAGUUAGGGUUACUAAUCUUUUUCCUCUUCAUUGGGGUGAUCUUGUUCUCCAGUGCGGUGUACUUUGCUGAAGCUGAGGAAUCUGGCACCUAUUUCGACAGCAUCCCCGAUGCUUUCUGGUGGGCAGUGGUAACCAUGACCACUGUAGGAUAUGGUGACAUGUACCCUGUGACAAUUGGAGGCAAAAUCGUGGGCUCCUUGUGUGCCAUUGCUGGUGUGCUGACAAUUGCCCUGCCUGUACCUGUCAUUGUGUCCAACUUCAACUACUUCUACCACCGAGAAACAGAAGGGGAGGAACAGGCUCAGUUACUUAAAGUUAGCUCUCCUAAUUUAGCAUCUGACAGUGAUCUGAGUCGCCGUAGCUCCUCUACAAUCAGCAAAUCUGAGUACAUGGAAAUUGAAGAGGAUAUGAAUAAUAGCAUAGACAAUUUUAGAGAGGCUAACCUCAGAACUGGCAACUACACCAUAGCCAACCAAAACUGUGUUAAUAAAAGCAAGCUGCUGACUGAUGUUUAGAAACGUGUAGAAAAGAGAAACAUUGGCAGCUUGAAGACUUUAAGUGACCAGCUUAAGUCACACUUUGUAGAUGCUUUACUCUUCGAAUGCUUUACCUCGUAAAUGCAUUGUUGCAUUGCGAAUUUUUGCUCAGUGAUUCAAUAAGCUUUCAGGAUCCAUGAAAGAAUUUCACUUUUUCCUUUUGUUUUCUUUUAAAAAGGGUAUUUUCCAAGUGGUGGAAAUGGUUACUUUAUAACUCUUUGGACUAGCCUAGUUAUAAAUAGAAAUGGUAUGCUUCUAGCCCUAGACAUUUCCCCCCAUAACUUUUAAGUUUCCAACCGUUUUAAAAAUCAGCUCAAGAGGACUCUAAAAAAAAAAAUUACUUAAAAUAUGCAUGGAUUCAAGGAAACGUUUCUACAAAACUGCACAAUGCAUCCAAGAAAAAGCAUCCAAAUAAUAUUCAGCAGUAAUGUGCAGUAAGUAUUUGUCAUUCUUUAGACUGACCGACAUAUACAUUUCCUUCCUUUGUGAAAAGUUUUGUAGUUCUGAUCUACAGAUUCACACACAGCACCUUAUGAAAAUAUGCCAGGUUUUUAUUUUUUAUUUUGCUGUAUACACAAUUAAAAUUGAAGAAUUAUUCUCUCUCUUUGUGUGUGUGGAGGGGAGGUUGAACAUCUGCAAUGCUGCUAAGGUCUCUUAAGUGCAGAUGGCUUCAACAUACUUCUUUCCCUUCUUCAGAAAUGGAUGCAAAACUUUUUAGCCCCUUUGUUGCAAGAUAGCACAAUAGAAUUUAAUAUAAGCAUGUUUGACUUUGAUACUAUCUAUUUUAUAACUGCAUGCCUGGAACAUUACCUCAGAUGAUAGGGGAUAAGGUUUUGUUUGAAUUGAUCUUCUUUAAAAUAGGCCCCUUUUUUGUUUCAAUUUGCAUUCACCAAAGUGCACUCCUUUUUAUUUGUUAAGUAUCUGAUUAGUAACUUAAAAGUACUGUAUUUAAGUGCAUAUGUUAGUCAAAUGGGAACAAUAACUUUUGGAGAUCAAAGCAUGUUUCAAAUAUUCAGCAUUAUGGCCUAUUUGACUAAGGUGUAACUCAACAUUAAUUAAUGCAUGGUUUCAGUAAUAAAUACAAAAAAAAAGCUUGUUAGGAUGAAGGCCAGGAAGAGAAUACUAGAGAGUUGUUGUUUUCCUGCAUUGCUCAGGGAAAUGAGUUGGCUUUAUCCGGGCCUUAAUAGAAAGUAACAUAUCCCAUCCCUUAAAGGGAAAGCUAUAUGGAAAAUUAAGUCCAGUUUAUAUAUAGCAAUGUCUAAAUAUUCUGUAUCUCCUAGAGCAGAAAAAAAGGUGCAGAAGCAUGCCUUUUGGUGCAUUCUUAGAAUGUAAAAUGAAACUUAUCGAUUAUAUGCAUCCAAAUUGCAGCCCAGUUAUUUUCGCAGUCAUCGUUUGAACCUUAGAGACUUUUGUAUUCCCCUAGGACUUGCUGAAGAGACUCAACCAAUUGAUUUUAGAUAGUUGCUUAGUGCCUUUAUCCUUAACAGCCACUGGACUGCUGAAAGUGCCUCUAUGAAAAGAGCUGAUCCUGAGUAGGCAUGGAUGAGUCAAUUGGGACAACAGCAGGACUCUACCAUGCCAAAUGCAGGCACAGCAGAAAAAAGCCAGGGAGAAAGACAAUGUGUAAAGCAGAGAGGCAGAAGAAGAGGGCAAAGACCACCAGCACUCUUGCAGACCUAAUUUCCUCCUGUACUCUGCACCCUGCAGCUGAGUGACAUUGCAACCUAACAUUUGCCUUUGAUCAAUGCUACUCCCGCAAGACCCAGUGUUCCCCCAGUUUGUCUGUAGAGACUUUGCUGCACUCUGUGUUUGUUUGUCUUUCGUACUGGCCCGUUUGGACUUGGGUAGCCUGGCAUCCUACACUAGAGGAAGUAAGGGCCAUCCUUUGCAGUAGCCUUAGCUAUGCAAGGAGCAGGUUGGAUGGAGGCACCUUGAAUCUGUACACUUGCUCCUCUUAGAGGCUUCUGCUGUUUUUCCAACAGAGCUCUCAUCCUUUCCACCCAAAUUCUCUUGGAUUUUAAAAUUUGAC